CGGAGGGGCAGGCUGAAAACGCAAGGAACUGAACCGUAUUUGUGACAAUUGUGUUCACAAGACCUUCGGUGGACGCGAGGCGGCACCAGAUUCCUUCCUGUGUCAUUUUUCAUUUCGUUCUCCCGCCGGUUUCGUUUUCCUUUCGGCAUUUCGGCGCCAGAGUGGAGGACCAGUGAGUGUGUGUGCUUUUUGUGUUCGUAUAUGUGUGUGUGUGUAUGUGCUUUGUGUUGUUGCUCACAACCUUGCAGUGUGUUGAUCGUCACACGACUUCGUGUUUUGGUCACAACGGAGGUAACGUGGGGGGGGAGAGGUCCGAUCUUGAGGAGGAGGUGAAGUACUAAAAGGUCUGCCAGGAUGGCUAUGUCCGUGUCAGGAUACAAGGUGGAGGAUGAGUGCAAGCUGCGAUUCCUUGAAUUGCAGAGGAAGAAGGAGUUUCCGUACAUCACGUACAAGAUUGAUGGGCGGAGAAAGACAGUGAUAGUGGACAAGUUGGGGGCGGAGGGGGAGGGGUACGAUGCCUUCAUCGCCGCACUGCCGGAGAACGAGUGCCGCUACGCUGUGUACGACUACGACUUCGUGACGCCGGACAACUGCGAGAAGAGCCGAAUCUUUUUCGUAUUCUGGUCACCGGACAAGACGCCGGUGAGGUCGAGAAUGGUGUACGCGCUGUCGCGGGACAAGUUCAGGAAGGAGCUGGAUGGUGUCCAGGUCGAGCUCCAGGCCACGGACGUUUCCGAGCUCGAUCUCGAGAUCCUCAUGGCGAAAGCGAGGUGAAGGGGCACUAGGUUAUAGUGGCAGUGAUGUUUCGGAGAGGGGUAAAUGUACGAUCGUAUAUUUAUAUCUAAACAUUUACAUAAAUGAAUACAUAUGUGUGAGAGGCAUAAGAGAAAUACAUGUGUGUGUGUGUGUGUGAGAGAGAGAGAGAGAGAGAGAGAGAGAGAGAGAGAGAGAGAGAGAGAGAGAGAGAGAGGUAUAAGAGAUAAAUACGUGUGUGUGUGUGUGUGAGAGAGAGAGAGAGAGAGAGAGAGAGAGAGAGAGAGAGAGAGAGAGAGAGAGAGAGAGAGAGAGAAGCAAAAACCGUCUAGAGCGAUUAUCUUGAGAGGGAGAGAAUUAAAGAGAGAGAGAGAGAGAGAGAGAGAGAGAGAGAGGAAAUAGAUAUAUUUGCAAAGGAACUGUCUUGAAUGGUAGUGACUUGUUGUGUGGUCUGAGUUGGAAUCGGCGCAGUUGAGAGGAAAUAGAUAUAUAUGCGGUGGUUUCUUCAGUGAAGUUUCUGUGAAGUGUCCUCUCUCCGAAGGAUUUGUUUUCUCGUUUGUUUUGUGGGGAUCGCAUAGAUCGUCUUGGUGGCUUCUUUUUGCUUUCUUUUUUUUUUUUGUCCUUUCGCCUGUCUUGCAUGUUUUGUGGGUGUGAUUUUUUGUUGGGUGUGGUUUUUGCUUCUUGAGGGGCGUAAUUGGAGGUAAUUGGCUACAAGCUGUAUUAGGCACACGCUGUGACAUGAUGAGUCACCGUGGCGGUUAACGAUGAGGACGAUGAUGAAGAUGAUGAGAUGAUGAAGAUGAUGAGGACGAUGAUGAAGAUGAUGAAGGCGGAUUAAGCUGAAUUGCAACAGUAGCAAAUAGAUAAGUCUUUAGCACAAGUAAGCAGCUUCUUCGUCUGGUUGCGGCUGUUGCUAUAAUAGGUAGGUCUGUCUUCAGUUUUAUAUCUUUUCGUUUCAUCCUACGCAUCGUGGAGAAUCCCAUACCUUGUAGUCGUGCCCCCUUUUUUUUGCUUCCUCGUUUGUUGAAAUUCACUGCCGUACGGUAUUACUUUGUUUAUCCCCCUUGAUUGUUGAACUUGGUCCUUCAGUUUUUCUUUUGGUAGUACGUUCCUAUUCUUUUUGGCAUCCAAAUUGUGUUCCGCAGUCUGUGUUCUGUCUUUGAUACAAAUUC